AUGCAGGGAAGUCCGAGCCAGCGCAGUCCAAGCAAGACGAGCCCAAAACGGUCGCGGGAGAACUCGGCGGCGACUUCUGGCGGGGGCCUGAGUCCACCAAAGCCAGGCGUCGUCGGACCACGUGAAUGGGAAAAGACACUGACAGUGAAAUGUCGGCUCUGCGGCGGACCAAAGUGCCGACGAUGUAGCGAGUCUGCUGCUCUAGCCAAGGCCAACAACCCCGUCCAUGGUCUCCAUUCGGACUGGGCCACGGACUCGAUGCUGGGCAUGAUGCGGCCGUCCACACGACUCUUUCAAACGUACCGUCUCGUCGAGCAGUUCCAGAAGUUGAAAAUCAAGGCUGUGUUCAACUUGACGUUGCCUGGCGAGCACCCUUACUGCGGCGAUGGCCUCGUGGAGAGCGGGUUUCCGUACGACCCCGAGGCCGACCUGAUGGCACACAACAUUCAAUUCUACAACUUUGGAUGGGAGGACAUGACGACGCCCGGACUCUCGUUCAUGGUUGAUCUCGUCAAAGUCAUGACGGGCGUCCUCAGUUAUGCCAACCAAAAGCUGGCGGUGCACUGCCAUGCCGGCUUUGGUCGCACUGGACUCGCCAUCGCCUGCGCGUUGGUAUUCCAACACGAUAUAUCUCCGCAAAACGCUACAGAUAUCGUUCGUCGCGGCCGCCCUGGCUCGGUCCAAACUCCCGGCCAACUCGACUUCAUUCGACAAUUUUACGACUAUGUCCACGGGUCCAAGCUCGUGUUUGCGAUGCCUUCCAUCCACGACCGCUUUACGCUCCAAGCUGUGGCCGAGCGAGAAGGGCGGCAGUACGUCCAUGCUCGACCGACCAUGGGUGUCGCUCCGCCGAAAAUAGUCACGUUUCUGUGCAAGUCCCUCGAGGCGGCGGCGUCUAGAAGCGCCAGAUCCAUCUGCAUGAUCUACGUCACGCAUCUCCCGGCGACAUCGGAUGGCAGCAUGGCCUCCCACUUCGAACACAUGAAGAUUCUACUGGGCAGCGACUCGGACAUGCCGCUUGGACAGGCCAUGGUAGUGGCGGCGGACGAACUCUGGCCGCACAAGGUCAAAAUGAAUACUGGAGAGCUAUCGAACGAGACCAUCCCACCGGAAUGUCUUUCGGGGCUUCUCCUGGACUGGCUCGAGCAUCUCCAAGUGCCCAUUGUCGAAGACACCAAGGUGCUGGCGACGGGCGCCGCGUUCAAUGGACUACCGCUGCUCACGCUGCGCACACUCGAAUGCAUUUUUCACCUCAUACGGUCGCUGCUACAAUAUCUGGUGGAUGCGAUGGAACAAGACGACCUGCCGUCAGCAACUGCGGGGUGCAUUGGCGACGCCGUCAUCGGUCGAACGACGAUGGCGUGCCUGCAGUUGUCGGCAGUGGCUGCCAAGCCGUACUUUUCCAAAGUGAAGCACCUCGUGGACACGUGGUCGUGCCCGAAACCACUGCCCCUGAACGGCGCGCGCAUCGCCGAGCUCAACUUGGCAUUGCCCGAAUUCAACGACACCCACGAUGGUGCGAAAGAGACAUCGAUGGAGAGCCGCCACCACAGCAGUUCGUCGAGUUUGCAUGCAGAAAAGCACGGUGACGAAGGAGGAGAGUCGCCCAAGAAGCUUUCGUCCCCGAAGCAUUCGUCCAGCGCGCCCUACUUUGGCGACGCAACGCUGCCCCCUGUCAAGCCCCCGUCUCCAGCCCAUCAUUCCCCUGCCAAUUUUUCUGGUUCGUCCUUCAGUGACGCGGUAACCAGAGCCGACGAUGCCGCUAUCGCCACCCCGGAUCCGCAGCAGCCACUUCGUCCUGAACCUUGCUCGUUCACCGGUUCCAAACCUUCGUCGUUGCUGACGACUUCACCCAAUGCCUUCGAGAUGAAAGCGCCCGUCACCGGUAUCCCGUUGACUGACGAGAGCUCGACGUCGCCACAAAAGGGACCUUUGUCCAUUUCCGAAGCUCCGCUUCCCGUGUCUGUUCGAGACAUUUCGUCCAUGAAGGGGCAUGGGCCUCGUUCGUUGCCGGCCUUGCAAAUGCCGAGGAAACCAGCGACAGCUCUGUAACAGCGCCUGUAUUUUAUGCCAACGACCUAUUGUUGGUUAUAGCGUUGACCUGGUAGAAUAGUUGGCGAGUCGUUGGUUGAAUCUACACACUGCUGGAUGAUGGAUGUG